GAACUGAGGUGUACAUUUUUGUCCCAGAUAACAAUCCCCCAUCUUUCACUAUUACAAGAAAGCUCACUCCACUCUCUCCGAUUGCUCUCCGUUAAUGGCAAGAUUAUAAAUUACAGUAGCUUUAGGGUUACGUAAUAAUUUUGAAGAUAUCACUGUAUAAUAUUUUAAGUUAUCAGAUGAGUUCAUUGACUGUGAAACUCUCCCUAAUUAAUCCUAAAUUAUCUUCUUCUUCUUCUUGUUCUUCUAGUUCUGCAAUUACCGUAUGUGGUCGACCUACGAUAAUUUUCCCGAGGAAGAGGAACUAUAGUUUUAGUUUGAGAGUUAGAGCUAAUGAUUCGUCCAAGGAUAAUAACUCUUCAUCUAAUUCUGCUGAUUCCAAGCCAACCAACGGCUCUCUGCCAAAGACCAGGAAAAGUAUUCUAUUGGAGUAUGUCAAGAAUGUACAGCCAGAGUUUAUGGAGCUAUUUGUGAAGAGAGCACCGCAACAGGUAGUUGAUGCAAUGCGACAAACGGUGACAAACAUGAUCGGCACACUACCCCCUCAAUUUUUUGCUGUAACAAUUACCACUGUAGCUGAAAAUCUUGCACAGCUCAUGUAUAGUGUUAUGAUGACUGGCUACAUGUUUAAGAAUGCACAGUACCGCUUGGAAUUGCAACAAAGCUUGGAGCAAGUUGCUCUUCCUGAAGCGGAAGAAAAGAAGGAUGUGCCAGAUUAUGCACCUGGUACGCAAAAGAAUGUGUCUGGUGAAGUUAUCAGGUGGAACAAUGUUUCUGGUCCUGAGAAAGUAGAUGCUAAAAAGUACAUUGAAUUGCUUGAAGCAGAGAUUGAGGAACUCAAUCUUCAGGUUGGAAGAAAGUCUGCAAAUGGACAAAAUGAGUUGUUGGAAUAUCUCAAGUCUCUUGAACCCCAGAAUUUGAAGGAGUUGACAAGUAGCGCUGGGGAGGAUGCUGUGCUUGCAAUGAACACCUUUAUUAAGAGACUUUUAGCUGUUGCAGAGUCAGAAAAAAUGAAGACAAGUGUAACAGAGACUAGUGCACCAGAACUUGCUAAGCUGCUUUAUUGGCUGAUGGUGGUUGGAUACGGCAUCCGGAACAUUGAAGUUCGUUUCGAUAUGGAGCGCGUGCUCGGAUCACCUCUAAAGGUUGCCGAGUUACCUCCAGGAGAAAACAUUUGAUCUCAUACAUGGCAAUUCCAAUAAUAGUUGGGACAAGGGCAGAUCAUGUUAAUUAAAUUCCGAUAUGGCUAAGCUGAUGCAGUUUUGAGUUCUCAUAUGUGGAAGGGGCAACAGCUGAACUUAGGAAUGACCUGCUGUAAGAGGAGGCAUGCGGCUCUUCCUAAGGUAUUGCGAAACCUAUUGAGAAUUUGUUUUUAGAAAGCAAAUUCUGAUAUAUGAUUAUAGUCGAGAUUCUCAAUACUUUUUUUUUUUAUCUCAAAUUAGUCAAUAAUAAAAUAAUCAACUAUAGGAACUUCAUGAUUCUUGAACUUAUUAAUUGUGAAACUUGUUAUCCGAAUAUAUACUCGGUUCAUUUGCUUGA